GGCAGCCGACUGAAAACGGCAUAUAGCCGCCUCAGCAAAUAUCAACCUCAUUCGUGAUGUCAUGCUAAAUAAAUUCGUCAUAUAUAAAAUUUCUUCUAGAAACAAAGGUUUUUCGCUAUAAAUCCACUGGGUAAAAGCAGCAUGUUGACGGAGAUUGACAGUCUUGACAUUCAUGUCAUCGUCAAUGACGAGCUCGACCCCAUAUCCCCAAGUCCCAAUGCCGCGGUGAAGGUCCCGAGUCGGUUCAUGGGUAUCCCUCUCACUCCUUUGAGACCAGGCUCGGAGCGUGGAGAUGCGUAUGGAUGAUAUCUGCUGCGCUUCUCAUGGUAUUUCCUUGCUUCUUGUAUGUGGUUUCUCCCUUCCCCUUCCCGUUACUAUUUGGCAGACUUUGACUUGGACGCGGCGUGGCUGACGACGAGACAGAUUGCAACCAAGGGAGAUAGGAAGCACUAUCUCUUGUUUGAUGCAGGACCUGAAGGCGAAGUUUGGGAUAGAAAUUCCCGUCGUCUCCGAGCAGAAAUCGGCCUGAUAGACCACUCGGACUUACAGUUUAUCCGGAUCUCGCUGAGGUUAGAAAUGACAGGUGGCUUGACUAAGGCAAUUGAUUCCAUCAAGAACAGUAACAAUUGUGAGGAGCCUGUGAUGAUGGACGUUCACCCAAACCGCCCAGCAUUUCGUGGAGUCCAGGCAGAUCGCCCGAUUUCCCUCGAAGCAGAUCCCUCGUUUGAAGAAUUAGAGGUGGCCGGAGCGACUCUGCUGAAGAGUGAUCAGCCACACACCGUUCUAGAUGACUUUUUCCUCGUCUCUGGAGAAAUUCCGCGCCAGACUAAGUAUGAGGAUGGCAUACAUGGUGGAGUUUGCUUUAACCCAUCCACUGGAAAAUGGGAAGAGGACACUCUGAUCAUGGAGGAGCGCUAUGUUAUGUGCAACCUUAAAGACCUCGGCACCGCCCGCCCACGGGCGGUGGGAGGCCGCCCGUCGCCCACCCGUUUGAGCCCAUAG